UAACCUUGAAUUGGAAUCGUACCAACUAUUUUGUUCCCAAACCAUCUCUUCAAAGUAUGGGUGUUGGUGACUAUUUAAAAGGAAUAUACCAUAAAGUUUCUGGUAAAAAGAAACCCGAGAAAGAUGAAAAGCAAAGUGGCUUGGAUGAUCUCAAACAGGAGCUGGAUAUGGAUGAGCACAAAAUAUCUCUUGAGGAGUUGUAUUCUCGAUUAUCUACCGAUCCUGAAAAUGGUCUGAAAAGUGAAGAUGCCAAGGUUCGAUUAGAGCGUGAUGGACCAAAUGCAUUAACACCACCAAAACAAACUCCAGAAUGGGUAAAAUUCUGCAAAACACUCUUUGGUGGAUUUUCAAUGCUUCUUUGGAUCGGUGCUAUUCUUUGCUUUAUCGCGUAUGGAAUUCAAAGAAGUUCGGGUGAUGAUGAUACAAAGGAUAAUUUGUAUCUUGGUAUCGUCUUGGCAGCCGUGGUUGUGAUUACCGGUUGUUUUUCGUAUUAUCAAGAGUCGAAAUCAUCACGUAUCAUGGAUUCAUUCAAAAAGAUGGUUCCACAAGUAAUAAUUGCUAAUUAA